GCAUAUUUCUGAACGCUUCUACGUUAAAUUUUUAGAGUGUAUGUGUUUUGUUUUUCAAACGCAUAGCCAACCGGAGACACGUAUCAGAUAGUGGUGUACCGAUUGUGUAGUAAAUAAUGGAUAUUCUAUACAGAAUACCAUUUAAUGUGCUGGAAGUACCAAAUUUAAAGAUAAAAAGGCCGUCAUGGUUUCAUCAACCUUCUGCUAUGGUUAUGUUUUCUCUUGUAUUACUGUCAUACUUCUUGGUAACAGGCGGAAUUAUCUAUGAUGUAAUUGUAGAACCACCUAGUGUUGGUUCAACAACAGAUNAUGUAAUGUAAUUCAGUCAUCUACACUGUGCUGAGUCUGUGGCAUUUAUGCCAUAUCGAGUGAAUGGGCAAUAUAUAAUGGAAGGUUUGGCAUCAAGCUUCUUGUUCACCAUGGGUGGGCUUGGCUUUGUUGUCCUGGAUCAUACUCACAGUCCGUCAACACCAAAACUGAAUCGAAUAUUACUCAUAUCUGUGGGAUUUCUCUGUAUCCUAGUCUCAUUCUUUACCUGUUGGAUAUUCAUGCGGAUGAAGUUGCCGGGCUACCUCCAGUCAUGAACAGGCAGCAAAUUUGCAUGAAUGAACGAACCAAAAUGAAACUUAUCACAUGUGGCUGACUUUACAUUUUCUACAUGAUACAUUAUCUGCAUUGUCUUCAUUGCAUUGCAUGAAUGGUUUGUUAAUAUGGGUAAAUGGGAAUUUUAAAAUAAAGUUUUAAAAAUCAA